GUUUCACACCUGAUACAGUCAGAGAAUCUUUGCUAGAGCAUACGUUUUGCUGUCACUUAAUACGUUUUCUGACUGUUCACCUCGAUCAGGGGUGUCCAACCUUUUUAUCAUCGAGAUCCACUUUCCACAUUAGUCAAGAUCUAGCAGUCCAGUUUCAGCAUUGUAAACACAAACACACACACUGAUGUACUCACACAGUGCUUGUGCCAGUCUGCCUUGAGAGCCAUAGGCGCUACUAAUAGUCAACCUCAGUGUUUAAUAUUAACCCAACAAAUAGAGAAGUAAACUAGAUACAUACAGGCCUAGUGAGAGCAGAUCUCUAACAAACAAAUGCAGGUCUCUACCCUGGUGGGAUCUCUGAGACACUGGCACUCAACAAACACUUGGUUACCCAGCUGUCCUUCAAAGACCUCCUGUGUUCAGGCAUAAAAACACAAUGCAGUGGUGGCAAGACAUCUUCAACCCUAGUGUGAGGCCUGCUGAAAACUGACUGCUGUGUUGCUAACUGGCUCUACACCUCCCACACUUUCUGGGUUCGAUGUCUGGGUUCCCACAUUGCCUGUCUUUGGCUAGGCCACACUUGCACUGCAGCUAAGAUGGAUGGACUUCAAAUAAGAGCAAACAAAGAAGGUCACAUACCUAGAGUGCCGCUCCAAUAUGAUAUGUAACCAACAGAAAAACUGUGAUCUGUUGAAACCUGUUUUGUUUUCUUCUGUGAUGAACUGAAGCAACAUCUUGUAAGAAGGCAGAUGAAAUUAAAGACAGGGAAACGCCGGCACUGAUGCUACAAUAAAGACUGAAAAACAAUUUUGAAUUGUCUCUACAUUCCUCACAUUUGAUCUGAAAUCAGUCUCCUGAUGGUUAUUGGGCAUGGCCUCGGUGCACUGAGCCAGUACGCCACAAGUUUUAUCAUUCAGAUUUUUCUGGGUGGUCAAUAACCCAAUUUUUCAGUGAUGUGAAAACCUCAGAAGACACUUUACCCCCAACCACUUUAAACAGACUGUUGACUGUUAAUUUAACCUGCAAGUAGGCUAAUAGGAAAGCCCUUGCUGUGGAGGCACUUUCAGCAGUCAAAUCUGUGGGCGUAUUACUCACCGAUUUGCAAUAAUGAUGCCAUUCUACAUAAUUUAGAAUGACCAAUCAUUGCCAUGGCAACCACAUCCAAUAAGUGCAUGGGGAAAUCAGUUUAGAGUUGAUCCCAAUCAGUGGUCACUGUCAUCCACAGAUAAGGUUUACCUGGCUGUAUCAUCUGUCGAGAGACAACAGUCUGCCACGUUUGCUUUAGAUAUGAUGAAUUUAACUGAAAGGAACAUCAUUAACACUAAAUAUACAAGCUCGAUUCCAUGAAUUUUGUCAUUGUCGUUAUGGUAAUAACAUUGCUAAUGAUUUGCUGUAUCAUGCAAGCAUUAACACUAGUUGCCGUGGAUUUGAUCUGGUUAUUGUAAUAUGAAGAAUGACAUCAUGAUGGCCAAACCAUGGGUACAAAUUUGUAAUCCCCGCGCACCAUUUGUUAAUCCAUGAGUAAAGUUUGUAAUCCUUGGGUAUUGUUUGUUAAUUCGUGGGCAUGGAUCCACGCAUUGUUCCCUUCACCUGGCACCUGGGGGGCUCCGUAGAGUUCUGUCUCAGUCUGAAAGGAUCUGAUUUUUUCAUGCCUGCAUUCUACAUAAGUUCCCCACAUGAGUAUAGCAAGUGGCACUAUAAGGGCUCCAUCUAAAGUUUGAGUAGAGGUAACUGAUUAAAAUUUGUUUGGCAGUAGUUGGGUUCAAAAGAGGCUCUUAAAAAACCAUAUGGUACAUCUGACAGGAAACCCUCUGAAUUAGGAGGAAUGAAUUAGGAAAAAUACAAUUUUUGCCAUUUUCUGUUGUCUUGCUUGGAUUACAAGGUGCCCCUCACAGAGCAAAGCCCCCAAUCUCAGCAAAUCUCCACGCCACCCCUGGAUGUUGUUGAGUCUACGCUGUUGCACAAAAACUGCGAGCACACCGGGAUGCGAGGUGAGCCCACUUGGCCCGUGAGAUUAGAGAUUGAGUUAAUCGACCGGCGUAAACCAUCCACGGUAGGAGUUGAUCCCAUCCGCUUUGCUCUGCGCUGAUUGGUGGCUGGGAGCUGGAAAAGCCCGUUUAUUCCACCCAUCAACACUACUCCUCCCCUUCGCACGCGCGUGCCCAAAAACUACAAAUGGAGAUGCUGAGCGGUUUGAGUUGUGAGAAAAGUUGUGGAUGACCUAUUUCUUAUCCCAGACGAACCGAGCACAGAGGGAAGUAAUUUCUCAUGACAUUAAUGGCGGAGGAGGACCUGUUAGUGGAGAAACCUCAAAAGCUCAGCUCGGUGAGUUCUGAUCUGGGAGCAGAUAUUUUUAAUGUAGCCGAGAUUAAUACUGAACUUCAUCUCUCUCUGCGCACUUUAUUUAUUUAUUUAUUUAUUUUCCUUUUGCAAUCACUGUGGUCUGGUACUGAAUUUAAACCAUCAUUGUCUUUGGUGCAGAUUAAUGAGUACAGUAAUAUCAGGCAGCUUUCAUACAAGAACGUCCGCAUCAAGGUCAGGAUCACAUGUCAGACCAGAUGCUGCAUAUAAAUUUGUGAACUGGUUUACACUCUUGCAGUGAGAUUUCACCACGGCGCCAGUAUUAAUCCUAAUCGGCUUGAUAUCUUAAUAAAAGUCACACAAAAAAGCAAGAGAAAAAUCCAAAACUUGUCAAACAUAGUUUCUUAAAGCUCCGGCUAAAGUCAUGCAACAUGAGAGGAGCUGCACAUGUGAUAAUGGACCGAAAUAAAUGCAGACUGGGCACCAUUGUCUUCUGUAAGCUUCUUUCACGAGUAGUUCUCUAACUGUUUCUAAUAGGCUAUAACAGAUCAAAUUGGGUCUCUUUGGAGCAUCUAUGCAGUUAUUGUUCAGUCAGGGCAGAGACAUCCUCCACCUCCUCCUCUGGGUGCUCUCUGUGACACCAACAUCCUGCAUGUUGAAGGGGUCCUUUGGCUCCCUGAGGAGAUUUUUAAAACACUUAUUUUUGCUCAUGAAGCCCAGAAAAAAAAUUGGUGUGGUAAUGUGCAGUGUUGUAUUACGAUCAAUUUUGAGGCUACCACUUUUUCUCUGUUUAAAAAUAGAUUGUAAUCUCAUUGACAUCCUACCUCAGAGGUCAAUUAGUGCGCCCAAAUUUAGACUUUGAGCAAAGAGGAUGGCUUGAAAUCAUUUCCUCCAGAAAUAGUCACUUUUGGUGGUACAUACCUUGAUUGUCUCAUGCAAACAUUAUUUUUAAAUGACUUUUUUUAACUGCAAGUCCAGUUUCUCACUAAAUCUGCCAAUUAGAUUCUUUUCAGUCUUUUCAAAGAGCCUAAUCCAAAGCUACGUGGCACAGUAAACAGGCCCUGAAUCCAAAAGCUGGUUUGUUUCACAUCUUCUGAUUAAAUCAUGUGCUACUUUUCCCCAGUUCAGCUCUACUGGACAAUACACAGCUCAAAGGCAACAAAUUCACCAAUAACGAUGCCGAUUAAUCUUGGUGCAUAUGGAGCUAAUUUGUUCACUAAGUUGUCUGCAAUGCCUGUUUCAUGAAGUUUUGAAGGAUUUUUUAACUUAAAUGUUUAAAAAUAUAUAUAUAUAUAAAAACAAGAGACCUUCAUUUAUAUUAAUCCCAUAGCCUUAAACUUUGAAACAGGACUUUUGACUAUAAAGCUGCUUACUGUGUUUGCGUACAUUAAAGGUAUUUGCUUACACUGCAGCUGUGUUUGAAUCAUACAAGACAUGUUUUUUAAAAGUUGGCAUUGUAAAGUAACAUGUUAGGCUAAGUUAAAACUUGGGCCUUCACAAUAUACCAGUACUUUAAUAACCACCAAAAAGAAAAAGAAAAUGACAAAAUAUUGAUAUUACGCUAAAAAUUAGUACACAGUAAUACAGUGAUGUUACAGUGGUGGUUCUGUAUAUUGGUUGCCACACAUCCUACAACAGAGAAGUGACAAAGACAAAGCAGCAGCUGCUAGUGAUGUAGCUGUAGCAGCCCUAUGAAAGACCAUAGACACUUUUAAAAUCUGAAAUUUGAAGAUUGAUUGUGAAUCCAAAAACAAGUGCCUUUUAAGUGUACUAAUGAAUUUUCAGCUAUUGUUCCACCCUUGUGCAUUUCCUCAGAUUGAAGUUUUCAAAAACAUCACAAUAAUAAUGUGAAAAUCUCUGUAAAUGUUGACUUUUGUGUGUACAGUUUCGCUUUGCUUUGAGUGUUUUUUUUACAUUCUUUUCUAUGUUUUCUCCAGUAUCUAACAAGGUCACUGCUGGCAGUGGCUUUUCUGGCUUCGUUUGGAAGCUCCAUGCUCUACGGCUACAAUUUGGCAGUCGUCAACUCUCCAGCACAGGUUUGUGAUACAUCUGCUUAAGUAACACUGAAGAUCAUCAUGUCAAUGCUGCGGCCUUAAUUACAAUACUGUCUAAAACGCUCUGACUCUUGCCAGGGUAAAUGAUUCUUGCUUUAUCUGAAGGGGUUCUCCUCAUAGGUGAGUUCUGGGUGUCAGUAGAGAGAGUAAAGGUCUGGUUGUCUUUUAUGGUCACGUGAAAUCAUGUGAGUUUGUGUGUCAAAUUUCGAGGCUUCUGUGUGUCUCGCCAUGUUAUUGAUAAUCUUGAAUUUUAUCCAUCAUGUGCUCAAUGUUCAGUUCCUAUGCUGAUAAGAUGAUUUGAUGAUUCGCCCUGGUGCUGUGACUGAACUGUAAAACCAUUCCUGUUAGCCAUGGGCCAUCCCACACUGAAGCACGUUAGCAACAGCUCUCCAUCUCAUAGGUGUCGCCUCGUGUUUCUCAGGACAGAGUUGCGUGGGGAGGGUGAACCCUGCUGCUUUGGGUUCACUCCAAACAUGAUGGAUCCCUUUUGAAUUUGUUUGAAUCCCACUCAUCAAACUCUAUUUAGGACGGUGAAGACAGUUGCUUUUGAUUCAAAGAACAUGAAACUCUUUAAAAUUUGAUACGUGGCUUAAAAAGUAAGACAAACUCAUGCAAUUAUGUUUCUGUGGAAAAGUUAUACAGAAAAUAAACACUGAUGUCUGAGCAUUCAACACAAAGGUACCCCAAGGAGUUAAGUUCAACUUUAAACAUACACCUUCAAAGCUUGUGUAUAAUCUCUUGCAUUUAAUUUGAACACACUGAAAUGCAAAAAUGACUUUGAAAUCUUUUUCAAAGGCUAACCACACUCUACAGUCGUUUCCUGGCUUUGUUAAGCCUCUGCUCCCACCACCAAGCUAACCAAUCUCCCAACAGUAUCAUCAUUUCAGACAGAUAUCGCUGGUGUUAAUCUUCUUAUUUUACAUCCAGCCGUAGGUCUACAGGAACUUUUUAGACUGCCAUGGCAGCAGAAACUUUUUGUGUUACCUGUAUCGUCAUCUUUCGAAUUUGUAUGGAAUAUUUUUGGCAACAGCUGAAAAUGUAAAAUUCUUAUCCAGGCAUAUCAUCAUGCUUCUAAUGUAAGUCAGUAUUCUCAUGGGUUAGCCUAAAUUGUAGCCUACUACUCUGACUAAUUUCAACCUUAAUGGUGUGGCAUUUUUAAAAAGUUGUUUCAAACCACCGAAAAGUUCAAUUAUGGACAAUAGCCCAGUCUCACACAUUUCCAGAUGGUCUCUAAUGUGGUGAGGUGAAUCCUUUAUACAUGUGACCUUUUGUAGGACAUAAAGCUGACUACUGUGUGUCAUCUGACAUCAGUUAUCAAAAUGGGCUCUAAAUCAGAUUUUAGGUGUGAAGGGAGGUCAGCUGGCUGUGAGCGUAGAGAAAAUGGUUCAAGGGGUUUUUAUAGGACACCUUAAGAUCCUUUGACCUGAUUUGAGUGGGCAGAAAAGCUGCGUCUCAUACCAAGUCGGUGUUUUCUUUCUCACUUUCAGACCUUUUAAAAUAAAGGUUUGCAGACUCAAUCAGUAAAACAAGGCAAAAGAUUUUUUAUCUGUAGAGUUUCACAUAAUUCUGAGGUAAUUUUCUCAUUCAUUUAGAAAAACAGCAGAUUUCUGAACUAUUCUUUGUGAGAUUGUUUUGGAUACUAGGGGUAUUUUAUGCCUAUAUUGCUGAAUCUAAAGCAUUUUGAUGUUAAUUUUACUCAUGUUUUCCACUGUUACUAUCAGUAUUACCCCCAAAACUUGUUUUCAGCAACCUGACUUAUCUGAAUGGCCAGAACUAUGUAGGGAAAAGUCAAUGAAAGCCAAAGUAGCUGAGUGUUGUAUUAUUACCAGCAUCAGGUAUUCACCUUUGUCUUGGUGGCAUGUUUUAUCGAUGGCCUCCACUUUGAAACAGCAGCUUUAAUAAUAACGAACAGGAUGUGUCCAAUUUGUACCAAGAAUGACAAAGAGUUCUUUACCAUUUUACUUUUUUCCCUCCUUUUGUUGCUGGGCUGAUAUACAACCACUUAGUCUGGUCUUAGGACCGACCACCCUUUCAUAUCAUCUCAACCAUAAGAGACUUGAACUCUUGAACUUUUCGGCCAUAACUGAGUUAAAUGUGACAGACUUUCUCUCUCUGGAUUUGGUGUAAAUCUCUUGGUGUUGUUGGUCCUUGUAUUAAAUAAUCACUAUAAUUUUGUCAAGUAUUCAGUUUUUGAUUGCUUUAAUGUCAAAAAUCUGUUUAACUUUGACUGGUGGGGAUACACUAACUUUCUGUCAUCCUUAAAAAAAUCACAUGACCAUGGCUGCCAUGGAUGUCUCUUAAAUCCCCCCUUCAGUUCAUCCUCCAGUGCAGCCUCCUGUUUGCUAGACACUGUGGAAAUUCCACUAUGCUGAGGGGGGUAGUUGAACGUUUAAUCAAAUUUCAGGCCUCGUUCUUGUCUGCGAACUUCGGUACAGGACUUCAAAUUUUAGACAUCCUUAAUCAUUAUAGCACUUUGCUGUUAGUUUCAAAGGUGCAGUCUUCUUUAUUUGGGUCAGUUUGUUUGUUUUUUAAAUGCUGGACAUAAAUAUUUUAGUGUUAACUAACCUGGAUUCAUGCUUUUCUCCUCCAGUACAUCAAAGAGUUCUACAAUGAGACGCUGGUGGAAAUUUAUGACUGGGCUCCAGACGAGGAGAUCUUGACUCUCUUGUACUCUGUCACUGUGUCCAUCUUUGCUAUUGGUGGGAUGUGUGGGGCUCUGUUGGUGGGAAGACUUGUCACCAAAUAUGGAAGGUGAGAGUGAAUGUUAACUCUCAACACAGGAUUGCAAAAGUGCUUCUGAGCGUUACAAACAUGGCGUUGUUUGGGGAGAUGGAGUAAUGAAGGAUCACGAUGUGUCUCAACAGGAAAGGGACACUGGUUAGAUCCUCUGUGCUGGUCUUUAUUGGAGCCCUUAUGAUGGGCUUUAGCAGAGGGUGCAGGAUGCCCGCCAUGGUCAUUUUUGGACGCUUCAUCACAGGUGUACACUCAGGUAAGUCUGCCUGUUUGAAGAGUUACGGACUUGAAACUAAAAACAAAUUUCAAGCCAAUAAUUUGGUUUGUCUGUGGCUGGAUGCAGAGCUGCAAGAGCUGUUUCACGUGUUUAAGUUGUUGUUGCAGUUAUGUAAUCAUAGAAAGUCUUUAUUACAAAAGAGCUUAUUUCAUCUACAUUUUGUUUGGUAAUUGUUUUUCAAUUCCAAAAACAAUUAUUUUUCAUAUUAUGUGGAUUUUUACUCACUGUAAAAUAUUAAAAUAUUAAGCUUCUUAUACUUACAAUGUGUUCACUCUUAAGAAGCAUUACUUAAGUUUUUUGAUUGCAACAUGUACUUCAAAUGAAAACCGCUUCUGUGUCUGUACUUAUCUCUGCUCACAGUAAUCUUUCAUUUCUUUCCAUACAGGUAUUUCUCUCAGUGUGGUGCCCAUGUACCUCGGUGAGAUUGCCCCCAAAAACCUCAGAGGCUUUCUAGGCCUUGUUCCCAGUAUUCACAUUUGUCUUGGAGUCUUCACAGCUCAGGUCCUCGGACUCCAUGAGCUGCUGGGAAAGGUACCUACAACAUAAGCACUACACAGGUGUCCUGAAAUAUGGGAGCUUGGGUUAUAUCACUUGAUCAUUGGUAAAAUUUCCCAAUUUUUGGACUGAUGCUGCUCUCAUGAGUGUAUGAACAGAUUCCUCCCAAAUAUGUUGUCAAAUAGUCACAACCACUGUGAUGAUACUAAACCAAAGGCGUAGGUAUGAGCUCUGGUGCAUCAUCCAAACAUUAAUACUGUAUGGAUAAUAGUCACUUUUGGUUCUUCAGAUAAGCAUCAAACCAGAAUUAUCUGCUUAGCUCAAAAAGCUCCUCAGUGGCAAGGCUCUAAAACAAGAUCUGCCCUGGGAUGCUCAAGACUCUGGACAUUGUUGGGCUGUCUGGUAGUCUGGGACAGUGCCCAUGGAAUUGCAGACCAUGGUGGUGGCUCUUGUCUUUAAAAAGGGGAACCAGUGGCCGACUAUCUGGGUAAGCACUGCUUAGCCUGAGAAAACUUAAAUCCAGGGUGCCAGACAAGAGGCUUGUAGUAAUCGUUGAACUUUGGAUAUAGGAGGAACAACGCCAAUUCUAUCCUGGCCGUGGUACAAUGGAGUAGCUUUGCACCCUGGCUGAGUUUCUAGGGGGUGCAUGAAGGUUUGUGAAUGGAUUCGUGGUGCAUGUUGGCCUCCGCAAGGGUUGGCCCUCACCAAUCCUGUUUGUUACCUUUAUUGACAGGAUCUCAAGGCACAGAUGGGGGAGUAGGGUUUCCAGCUUGGAGGUCUUAGAAUAUCAGCUCUGCUUUUUGAAGAUGAUGUGGCUUUGUUGGCUCCUUUUUUCUUAGGUGGUCGUAGCUGAGAGCAAAGCAGCUGCGAUGAGGGUCAUUAGUGCCUUAAACACUGAGGCCAUGGUUCUUUGGUAAUUUGACGCUUUCUGGAUGUGUAGUAUCUUUACCCCAAGUGAAAGGAGUCAAGUAAUUCCCAGUCUUACUCCCAAGAAAGGGUAAACUGUAUCAUGAUAGGCAUGAUUGAUGGACAGACCUGUCAGUGCGACGCCAGCAGCAAUGUAGGCCAGAUCAUUGCAGCAAAGAGGGAGCAAAGGAUAACCAAUAGAUAGCUGAUAGUUCCAACCCUCACUGUGGACAUGAGCAGUGGGUGGUGUCUGGAAGGAUGAGACUGUGGAUACAUGCGGCCGAAAUUAAUUUUCUUUUGAAGAAUGGCUUCGCUCAGCCUCACAGAGAGAGCUGACACAGUGCUGGUCCAGGCCUGUCAAACCCAGACCCAGAACACACUGGAGUGAUUAUAUCCCAUCUGGCAUGGGGAACACUGUUUGGUGGUGACACAACACCCACCUCCUUGUCAAGAUAGCAGCCAAGACGACUAACUUUGUUGCAUUAAAUCAAAUAGAGAACUCUGAAGAAUUCAUUCACUGGUCAUCUGGAUUAAACUAAGACCCCUGUGGGUACAACUUGAUUCUGUUAUCUGUUUGUUGUGUCUCCUGAUAUUUCAUGUCUCAUGAUCUCUUGCCACGUGUCCGUGGAUGCUCUUUUAUGUAACAGUUGGGGUAUUAAAGUUGUGCACUUUUUACAUAGACAGUUUUUUUUCCCCAAACCACAUCCUCAUGACUGUAUGAAUUUGCUGAAACUGACGACUGAUUAGGUUCAAUUUUUCUUAAAUAAAUUCAGAAGGCUCUAAUAAGGUAAUGUUUUUACCUCUCCACACAGAGGGACCACUGGCCGAUGCUUCUGUCCCUGAUAGUGUUUCCUACUUUAGUGCAGUUGCUGCUGUUGCCAUGGUUUCCAGAGAGUCCACGGUACCUGUUGAUAGAGAAGGGAAAUGUUCAUGCCACCAUCGAAGGUAAAAAAAGGGCACUCUUUCUUUGUUGUUUCUUAUCCAUCUAAUGAAAUAGAAUAAUUCAGUGUGUAAGGGAUGUGUGGGUUGUUCUGACUGCCACUUGAGUGCAUUCGGUUCCCUGUAGGUACAAUAUUGAUAUCUUAAGUUUUGACUUGAACCUUGCUGUGUUCAAGUUACCUUGGAAGUCAGGUGUCGGAGCUGAAAAUGACGUCACAACUGAGUUCCCAGCAUUUCAGUUACCAAGUUGGAAAAAGCAAAAUCGUAGACCUGAAACAAGAUGGCUUCAUCUACGAAAGUUAUUUUAGCGCCUGCCUUAUAUUCGGACAAGGCAAACGCUAAGAUAACUUUUUUCCGACUUGGUAACUGAAACUCUGGUAACUCGGGUGUGAUGUCAUUUUCAGCUUGGAUUUCUGACUUCCAAGGUAACUCAAACGCAGCUUUAAACUAUGUUCCAAACUAUUUCUCUGGAAGGGUGAAAUCUUUCAUUUCUGUCUUUCAGCUCUGACAUGGUUCCGAACUAAAGGAAACAUCCAGGCGGAGGUUGAAGAGAUGCAGGAGGAGCAGCGCUCUCUGUCCUCUGUUGAAACAGUCUCUGUUCGAAGCCUUCUCACAGACCGUUGUGUUCGCUGGCAGGUCAUCACCAUUUCAGUGGUCAACAUCAGCAUGCAGCUGUCUGGCAUUGAUGCAGUAAGUGUGAUAUACAUUGUGUCCAUUCUGUCACCCACAUUGACCAUUUUUGUACUUAUCUGCACCUCUUCCUGUCCAUUCAUCACAUCGUACAUAGCUAUAAGUGACUAAGCAGGGAACAGCAGGACCAAAUUUCACCAUCCCCUCUGUUACUGUAAACCAUAGACUGUAUAUAGAAUGGAUGCCGUCUUCGUCCUCGCUGGGUGAAGCCACCCCAAGAAUAGCACCCUCUAUUGAUGGGUUGCAGUAUAGGUCAUAAAUCCCGCCUCCUCCAGCAAUACUUGUGGAGUUGGACAAACUUUAGAAAUUUAUAACACAGAACAUACAUUUUUCUCCCCCCUGCUUGCGAUGUUGACAUGUAGUUAUUGUAAGACUGAUAUGUGCUCAAGUCCUCUUUUUGCUGUACAGCUCCAUUUUAAAACGUUAUUAGGGGGUUCAUGGGCGUAUAAAGAUUGCGUAGCUCACCUGGGGGAUACACUGUUUGAGUCGAGUGUCAUCACAGCGACUCUUGGCGACUCUCCCACAAAAUGCGUACAACGUUUACUUCACAAGUGUUGGUUUCAGGAAGUGGAGAAAAAGGCAGAAAAUACCGAGAGCAAUUUGGCUUCAAAUCUGUAUACUGGCGGAAGGCGGAACCAAGUUGUCCAUACAGUCUAUGGUGUAAACCCACAGAACAGGAUCUACUACUUCAGACAAAAGUCAAACACAUUUGAAUGAAGACUCCAUCUGAUUAGGUCACAUCAUCUGACUCUUCGCCUUGAAUUGAACACACUUCAUUUGGAUAAUCAUCUCUGCAGACUGCACAUCGUCUCUGCAGUUUUAACAGUAAACUUUUGCAGAGUCCCUCAGCGGCAUCUUGCAUUCCUGUGCUAACUUUGCAUCCCUGUUCAGACACCAAAGACAUUUAUGUAGAAUUUUUAAAUGAUUCUCAUUUGCCUAUACUGCUAUUUUAUUAUUUUUAUUGUUAUUUGUAUUUAGAUUCAAUAUAAUUAAUCUAACUAUGCGUUGAAACUUUAUGUGCUGCGAGUCUUGGCCAGGAAAAGAGAUCUUGGAUCCCGAUGGGACAAACCUGGUUAAAUAAAGGUUAUAAUAAUAAUUAUAUUUUAGUCUUUUAAUAGUCAAAGGGCAGCAGCUCACUUUGGUUUCAUUUUAAUUUAUCUUCAAGCUGCUAAAGCACUGAGAUAAAUCCCUUGCACUUGCAAAGCUUCUUGGCAAUAAAGCAGACUCUGUUUCUGUUAAUCUGUGUAUUGUGGAAGACCUGCCAGCACUGGUUCUUAGAAGUGGUUGUUCCCAGUGGGGUAUUCUCCUCUCAGCAGGUUCAGAGACGAACCCUGAAAGGCCUCAAAUAUCUGUGAGUCCAACAAAGAGAGGUACAAAAAGACAAAUGUAUGUUUUUCAAUUAUAAAAGCUAUAUUUGAAAUGAGAAAGACAGACAGCUGAAAACAAGAUCUAAAUCAUACACAUACGGCAGGUCCAGGAGAUGGCUGUUAAAAAUACACAGGAAUAUAACAUCUCAUGGUGACAUUUAGUCAAAGUAGAUCAGAUAGAGAUCAAAGUAAUUCAUGCAAAUGUCUGUUUCAUGUCUGCUAAAGUUAGCGCCUCAGUUUGGCCAUCCCAGUUAGAAACAUCGAGACAUGCCCCUGCAUGACAGGCCAGAUGACUCAGGUACACUGCAGGUAUAGUCUGAGGGAUCCAGAGUAGUUGAUUCAGACGGGGUAACAAGGUUCCUUGAGGUGCUGUGUAAUACAAGAGAGGACCUUGCUGCUCACCCAAAUACACUGAAUGGACAUCAGUCAGCUUUUCCUAAAAGAGCUCGAGUUUGGCCCGCAGAGCUGAGGACAAAUAUGCCAGUGGUGCCCUGCGUACCCUACCCAGCUUAACUAGAACAAAAGGUGUGGAUAGAGAUAGAUCACUGGAAAAACAAGUUAAGUAUUCUUAGAACUCUCGGAAAUAAACAUUUAGCUGUGAUUCUUUCAGUCCGGAGAGUUGACAGUAUUUCCCUUGUUUCCUUUCUAUGUGGUUUGUAUCCUAUUAAAAUAUUACAGGAUUUAAGGUUGUUUACAGUUUAUGAGUACGUGGUGUAACUUAUGUAAGAUAAUUAAUGUUUUUCACACAAUAAACUGCUGCCUUUACUUAAUUAUUGACAAAUGUACUUGAGUAUUUUUAUCUGCUUCGACAAAGAGCAUUAAACUUCAGAGCUGAAAUGGUGAUGAAAUAGUAUAUGUAUGGUUACUAAAUCAACAAGACAGCAUUUUACUGCACCAAUUACCAUCUUGUCCACACCUCAUCAAUGAUGGAUGUUGCAUCAGCAAAGUGUGAUUAAUGAGAAUACACAAAUUAAUUUCAAGGGGAGCUCUUGUCAGAAGUCCACACUGAUGAAACGCUGUAUCUCAAAUGCAUGAGUGAUGGUUGGCGUUAUGAUGAUGAUCACGAUGAUGAAUCAAGUGGAAACACCAAAUAAGCAGAUCGUCUUUUUGGAUCCUGAUUCUGAGAGGGACAUUUUUUUUUUGUAUCGGAGCAUCUGUUUGUGUGUUUGUGUGUCUGCAUACUCAUCUUGUUUAUAAGACUUGAUUUUAUUUUCAGAUCUGGUUCUACACCAAUGAAAUAUUCAAGGACGCAGGAAUCCCAGAUCCUUCUAUUCAGUACACCACAGUGGGAACUGGUGCCAUCGAGGUCAUCUCAGGGAUGUUAGGGGUGAGUGAGCAUUUUUACACAAACAGAACACAGAGAUGAGAUAAUUAACGUACUUUUAAGCAAAUAUCACCAUCAUGAGGUUUAAACAGCCAUUUGGUUGGGAGAUACAUUGAAGAUUUGAGUUUACUUAGUCAUUUGUUUGUCUCAAAACUUUUAAAUAUGUGACAAUCAUUUAGAAAACUAAUUGAAUUUCUUAUUCAUAGUAAGAUACCAUAAAGGGUGAAAAUAAUUUCAUAAUGACUGAUGGCAGUUUACAGCUAUCAAACAAGCACAAAUACAACAUUUUACAAGCAGAGAAAAAAACUUUCCACUCCGUUUUGUAAGUGAUUCUAUUAUAAGAGGACUACAAAAUAACACAAAAUUACUGAACGUGUCUUUGUGAGUGUAAUUUGACUAAAAUCUUUAAUUCGCAGACUUUGACUGAUUAGUCACUGUAUUAAAAAAGGAUAAACAGAAUAUUACCUAAUAAUGCGCUUAGUAAAUUUAAUAAAUGUUCACUUGUUAAGUAAGAAGAAAAUUGUUUGUAUAAAUCUACAGCGCUCACCUCCACCCCUCUUUGGACUGAUCAUUACUUUUUGUUUGUAACAGUCGGCUUCUCUAUAGUGUGUAUUGUUGAGGAUUGUCGUAAUGCUGUUGCACAAGUGUGUGGUUAUAGACAUUAUUCCUGUUAUUUUUGCCUCUUUAAAGCAAGGAAAUGCUUUGAUUGCAAUGACGGCAAAAAUGCUCAGUCACUCCCUGAACCUGGUUUUAAACACACUAGUUCACAUCUUACUUUGCCGUCAUGAAGAAGUUAGUUUCCCAUCUUCUUUUCCUGUCUUGACAAAUCCAAUUAUCUGCCAUAGAAAAGAUCUAUUGAUACUGUGGUAUGUGGCGCUGGUCCACACGCUUGGUCUUGUAAAAUACAACUCAGAAACCAGAAGUUUUCAUAGACUUCCAUAACUUUUACUUCACAGUAGUUUUAUCUAUAAAAGACAUUUCGCACUAAGUAACACCAGGGGAAGUUAGAGAGCAAGAUUAGGUCUAAGAGUUGAUUGUCGUGUUAUUUGUGUUGGGCUUUAUUGUUGGCUUCUAUCAGUAAUCAUAUACUGUGACUUGUUUUCCUCUUUCAUCCUGAUAAGAUGUCUUGUUACAUGUUUAUAAAAAAUAUUUCCUCUGUGUUUCUUUUGGUAGUGUUUCACGAUUGAGCGUCUAGGCAGGAGGCCUCUGUUGAUUGGCGGCUUCCUCUUCAUGGGAUUCUGCUGUAUUGGGAUCACAGUGUCCAUCCUCUACCAGGUACAGAAUCACCUGGUGCUCUGCUUAUAUACCAUAUUUACAUAAUCACUUCUUUUUUAAAAAUCUUAUUUGGCAUGAAGACGGAAAGAUUUUAUCGUAUGAACACUGGAACAAGCUUUGCCUGUUGUAAUCUCUUCCUGUUUCGAUACAGAUGUAAGGAUUUAGGAUAAAAGCUGCUCUCUGCAUUCUGUAUAAAAUAUGUUCAAAGGUUAAUGAGGCUUUGGUAAUCAGAGUUACACAAACUAAGUGUAUAAAUCACAAAGUCCAUUCUCUUCCUGGUGUUGAAUUCUGUCUUUGUAUUUCAACAGACAUUUUUCCAUGCAGUAAUUAAUUUAAGAUUUUAAUUUGGUGCAAGUUAGGUCAGACAGAUGAAGCCUUAUUUUGACUCUAUGUUAUAUUGUAUUUGUGUACAGAUAAAGAUCUUUUGAUUUUGUACCCUAUAAAUGAUACUGAGCUAAAUUUGGAAGGGAUCUUGGAGUAAUUUCAGUAAGCGAUGAAAGUUUUAGUAUCGAAGCUCUUAUUGUCAAUUAUUGUGUCACAAUAUGAGAAUUACAGUCAUCUUUAUAGUCCAAUCAACAAUAAUUCAUAAUAAUGUCAAAUGUUUGAAUGCUUUGAGCUCAUGACUUCAGACUCAUGACUUGUGUUUGGCCAAUCACAGACAGAGCUGCCCUUCAUGCGGUACAUCAGUGUGGGCUGUGUCAUCGGGAUUAUUGCUGGCUUCUGCAUAGGUCCAGGUAAGACCUCGGUCUGCUCACUCUGCUCCUCAGAUGUCUCUUUUUUUUUAAAUCAUUUCUUACCCUUACACUCAGCUUUGGCUUUGCUCUGCCUGGUGUUUUAGAUUACACUGCUCUCUGCUGGAGGCUUGCACAAUAGCAGGUACCAAACAUUGACAGCAGCAGCCCUAUCUCCCCGUAAUCCUCCUGACUGUGAAGAGAUAUUGUAUUUCAUUAGUCUUGUAAAUUAGCAAAUCAUAACUGCCACACUACAUCCAUUCCCGCGGCCAUUUGUAGACUGGAUGAGUGAAGUGAAUUAAGAGGCAAUAGUUUACAACUUUAGGAGGCACAUCGAGUGGACCUGCGAGGAUGAUGAAUUAGAAUGAAUGUGGUUUACAUAGCGCCAUUUGUCAAGCCAACAGAAUCCAUACCAGUGCUCGCGUAUGAGGAUUUCUGCUGCUGCAAUUAGACUUUUAAUGGCUCAUUGUUCGUAAGCUAGCUGGCAUGAAUAUGGUUUCCUUCAGAUGAAACCUUGCAUGCACAAUGACCUCCCCCCUUCCCCCCCGUACAUACCGCAGAUGUUGACAAAUUAUGCCUUAGUUAUUGGUUUGACGAUAUUAAACCUUCCUCUAUGCAAUUAUCAUGCACAGAUAAUGAGGGCAUCAUUUGAAAAGCUCAUCACUUGAGCAUAUUAAUGCAUAUUUCUCCUUCAUAGCUCUCACUUCUAACAAUGAAGAGUUAUGAGUCUAAAGCUAAGGGAACGUCUCACAGAUCCUGCAUAUCAAAGCAAUGAAUUAUGGCUGGAAUCCUGAAUGGGGUGUUCUGUUUGCUUUAGAGUCUAACUUUAGCAGAAAUUAAAAACUUCUCCUUCUCAGUCAGUCUCAGAUGAGUGUAAAUGGACACCUGACGGAGAAGACGCAGAAAAAGAAAGGCUGUAUGAUAGCACAGUGAUAUCAAUAGUUAUUUUGAAUGACUGCCAAAGAGCAGUCCUGAGUAGGAUUAUUGAUUAAGUAAUAGAUGAAUGAAGAUGCAAAUGUUAAUUUCACAACACCCCAUAGAUUCUUACUGCUGUACCGCGUGUUUAAAUGUGAUUUGUUAUAUGACAGCUGGAAAGGAGACCUAGUUAGUUCAGAGCAAUAACGAACCAAAGUGAACUGAACCAGAGCUGAACAAAUGAGGAUCCUGUGCUUAAAUGUUUCCAUUUCUGAAAUAAUAAAUCCCUCUUUUUGUCUUUUUUUGUGUAGCUGGAGUGCCUUUCCUGAUCACUGCAGAGCUCUUUAAGCAGUCACACAGACCAGCUGCCUACACUGUGGCCGGCUGCCUCAACUGGUUGUCAAAUUUCACCAUCGGCUUCGUCUUUCCUUUCCUUGAGGUCUGUGAAAAGCUGAAUUCCACCACAAUGUGGCUGUUUGGCAUACAAUAUUCAUUCAGAGACAGACACAGUAAAAAGGACAAAGUUGAGUCAUCAUACCCUUUGUGGUUAUCUUAAAAGGAAACAUGUAAUGUGAACACCAUCAGCCGGGAGUCUUAAAGCAAAGCUAAAUGUCCUUGUCCUCCACAAACCUCUGAAAAGAACUCAGCGUAUAAGCUGAUAACACUUCUUACACGACUGCAAAUGACAGAUAAUGAUAAUAAAGGAAACAUGUAAUGUGAAUACAUCAGCCAGGAGCCCACUGGAUGCUUAUAGUGUCUCUGCUGAACUUCAUAAAGGGGGCCACAGUCUCAUUUUGAUGCUUUGAAUUACAGCUAAUAAAGUGCUGCCCCUAGACAGUCAAAAACUAAAAAAAAUCUGAGUAAAAACGUGUUAUAUGUAAUUUUUCUGCCUGAAAACAUCCCCAAAAGAGCAAACAUAAAAAACAUUAUAGUCAUUAGUCUUCUCAAUUUGUUCCCAAUGCUUCAAAAAGUUGCACAAGAUGUAAUUAUUUUGUUCCCAUUCUUUUAAAGGGAACCAGAUUGGACAAUUGAUGAAGAAGAAAACUGAUUGCAGGUUCACCUGGCAAUAAUAUGUUUGACUUAUUUAUAUGUGAGAGAAAAAGUAGGUUACAUCUCUAGUGAGCUUCAUCGUCAGCUUAUCUCGGCACAGAUUUUGUGUCUUUCUGCUGCAAAGGUAAUCAUUUUGAGGUUAAAGGUCGCGGUUUCUUUCACUGGGCGAUGAACGAAAUUAUUUUCUUUUAAACCACAUCAGUAUAAUAAUAUUAAUAAUUAUAACUUUAUUUUUAUAGCACUUUUAAAAACAGAAAUUUACAAAGUGCUUUGACAUAUAGUCAUAAAGCGCAUGGAAAAGACAAAUAGAAACAAAAAUCUCAGUUAAAAUGGAACUGAAGGUCAUUUUCAUGUCAUAAGGAACCCAGACAAUACGAGAACCAUGCAACAUAAAAUAGGACCAUGAGGACCAAAAUAAAAAUAUAAAAUAGUUAAGAAAAAAGAAAAUGCAAUUAAUAGGGAGUCGAAAGUGGAAACAGGACAGUAAAUAUAAAAGCAAGAGAGCAAGAGAUAAAACAAUAAAAGGGCUAAAAGGUUAAAAUAAAGAAAAGAGUACAAGUAUAACGAAAGCUAAAAAAGACAGCACAGCUAAAAACUAAAGCUAGUAAAGCUGAAAAGACAGUAAAGCUAGAAAUCUAAAAAGACAGUAAAGCCGAUCAUUUCAUGUGGAGUAAUUCACUGUGUCUUCCUCCUCCCACAGGUUGCUACAGGUCCUUUCUGUUACCUGAUCUUCUGUGCGAUCUGUUGGGGAGUGGCCGUUUACACCAUCUUCAUUAUCCCCGAGACCAAGAACAAAACCUUUAUGGAGAUCAGCCAGAUGUUUGCCACCAAGAACGACAUCUUGAAGGAGGAGUUGUCCACCAGCAGUAUUCUUAAGAUGGCUAUGAUAAACGGCUAUGGAGCCCUUGUAGAAAAGAAAGAGGAAGUCAGGAGAUAAAUGAUGGCCUCCUGUCUCGGUGUGCCUUAUUGGUUCUUAGUGACUGCCGCUGCUUUAGCAGAGAUCAGGUAGAACUUUCGUCGCCACAGGGGCAUCUGCUGCUCCAUAUCAAAACUACAGAUACCAGUGCAUCUCCUCCAACAGUAAUCACUCUCUCAGUGCACAAACUUAUUUCAGCUCUUAAUUCACAGUGGAAGUGUUGCUCCUGUACGACAUCUGAGGCAGAGAUCAUGUGUGAGACCCGUGGUCAUGCGUUUCAAAUCGAGCAUCAGUGACAUUUUAAUCAGUUUCUCUGCAUCUUAGAACAACUUUACGGGAGCUGAGUCUGUUUAUGAGAGUCCCCAGAUCUUUGGAUCACUUUGUGUGAACACGUCCUUUAAUCUCUUCAUUAUACAAUGUCAAUCUUGAACCCCUCAGUGUUUUAUACAGUGACUAUGUUAAUGUAGUGACGAUGAUAACACCUCUCGAGCUGUGUUCAUCAGUCUAGCCUGAUUUGUCACCGAUUAUGCCAUAUGUACUACUUCUUUUUGUUUACAGUGUUAAGCUCAGUCAGACUAAAUGGCGUAGCAAAGAGCUGGAGCCCGUGUUUGUUUUUCUGUCCUUCAGAUUGUUCCUUUGUGACUCUUAUUCUGUAAGAGAGCUGGAUAUCAACGGCUACUGUAGUAGUCAUUUCAUAUGUCGUGUCCAAGUAUAUGCGCGUGUACGUAAAGCUUGUUAAAAGAGUUUUUAUUUAUCAUUAUAUCUCAUUUUAGUAAGUCUACAACUUUGUUCACUGAGUUUUUAACUGCUGUAUGUUUUAAAAGACCUCUUUGUAUAAUAUAUCAUAGAGUCAAUGAGAUCAGAAAUGUGAAGUGAAGACUUUUCUCAAAUAGACAAAUGUUUGAACAUGAAAA